AGAAUUAUACUUAUUCAUAAAAGAUAGGCUAUAUACAUCUUUCCACAUCUUGUGCUACUAUGAAUGACAUUGUCAUGAGUAUAGAAUUAUAAAGUGCUUAAGAAUGCCUACUACUAAAUAAGAACCAUGUUUAAGGGUCUAAGGUUGAUCAGUCAAGUCUAUAGGGUGGGUCUCUGUGCAUGUCUCUGUGAAAUGGUAUUUUCUGUCACUAAAAAGACUUUAGUGCCAUGGGUUUUGAGUGUUCAAAUUAGAGGAAAGAGGUGACUCAUCCCAAAGAAUCCUCAAAUAAAAUGUAUACUGCAAAUAGGUUAAUAAUAGGUGAUAAAAAUCUUUAAUUUCUGUGUGCCUAGUAGAUGUACUUAUAAUAUCCUCACAGGGUUGUAAUAUGCAAUUAUCAACAGUCCUGUAUAAAUGCACUUCUCUGUGUAUAUGGAUUGUGUUCUUGCUAUAUUAUAUACUCUAAAAAUGAAAACUGAGGGGUUGUUUCAAGAAACAGGGCACAAGUAGCUAUAUCAUUUUCCACAAACACCAUUAAAUAACACCUUUUUGAUCAUUAAGUCAUCACAUGGGUGCAAACAUACACAGCAUUGUUAAAAAAGAAAAAUACAAUCACCAGAGUUACUUGUGUUCAGAUAGUCAGAUUUGGCCUUUCAGCGCUUGAGGCUACUUUAUCACUUGAAAGAAUUGAAGCAUGGCAAGAUAAAGGAGGAAAUGUGGGGGAGGAACAAACAAUCAGCAGUUUCAUGUCUUAUUUCCCUGCACGCACAUUUCCACACAUACAAAUUCACUAUAUAACCUUUCCUACCUUAUAAAAACAUCAUCAUGGAUAUACUGUAUAUAGAUUAUUGAUUCUGGAUAGUAUCGCAACAAUGCAAAAUAUGAUUCCUACAAUUUAAAAAAAGGAAUUAGAACUUUUUUUUUCUUUUUUCUUUUUGUUCUGCCACUUGGCCUGACACUACAGACACAGCUUAAACUGCCUCUUAGUCAGCAAUGAUUUUCAGUUUACACUGGAAACAAUUCUUUCUUAGUACUGUGCAACCAUAGAGAUCACAGAGAAUGUGGCUCCCAGUAGUGUUGAGCAAAUAAAGCCACUACAGGUUAACAUCAUCUUUUUCACAGAUAAUUUACUUGGUAUUAUGUAUAAUACACAAUCAUGAAUGUAGAACUGCAAAUGUGAUGUAUUACUGUAAGUGUGUGCUUGAAGAAGCAUGGACCUUUAAUCUAAGAUGGGUGCAGGACAACUCCAGUGGAAUGUAAAGUUGACACUGUGGAGACUGUUGACUCACUUCCCCAAAUAAAUGACAACAGUCAAGCCUAUAAGAGACCCUUCACUGCUAUGACCUCAAGUUUUUCACUCCUGCUGAGGGAGCAACUAUCUAGGGUCCUGUAGUGUCCUGGAAGCCAAUUUGAAGAAACAUCCAGCAGCAGGUGUUUUUUUUUUAAAUUUCCAGAUCAAGCUAUGAAAUGGGUGGAGUUAAAAGAAAUAUCCUAUUGUACUCAUUGUGCUGCUGCUAUGUGAUCCCACAAUAUCUCUGCACGGGACUCCAUUCUCAGACUGUGAGAUUUUCAUCUCAAGUUGGUAUUCAUAUGGAGCAGCAGUCCAUGUGCCCUCAGAUCAACGUAGGGGAGGAUCGUUUCCCAGGAUUUUAUAUCGUGUCCCAGUUCCACAUUGCUGAGCUGGCAAGAAGAGGCACUGUUAAAAAGGUUGCUGGAUCGUCUCCUCAGCAUGUUGCUUAUCAAAUAGGCCCAGCAUUCAACUUCAGAAUAAACACGAGAUCAGCUUAUCCCCUGGGUCUACCGGAGGAGUUUGCCUUUGUGUCCGUGCUGCGCAUGAGUGGCAGCACCAUAACUAAACACUGGAAUAUCUGGCAAAUGCAGGAUGUGAAUGGCGACGAGCAGCUGUCAGUCAGACUUAACGGGGAGUCUGAGUCUCUGGAGUUCACCUUCACGGCGGCGGACACCGGGAGGCAGACUGUUGUUUUCAGCUCUCUGCCUUUUCUUUUCAAUGAGCAGUGGCACAGAGUCCUGCUGGACGUCAAUAGGCUCUCUGUAACACUCUUCGUGGACUGUGUCAUGAUCGGUUCUCAGAACAUAUCACCCCGGCAAAAAAUUAGUCUGGAUGGUUUCACUUUGAUUGGAAAACUAAAGGACAACCCGGUGAUAGCCGUUCCGACCUACAAAAGGCCCCUGGACAUCCAGCGCUUACAGAGGCCUGAGAAGACCCUCAAGCACUAAAGUUAAAGUACAGGGAGACUACUACCACUUUUCAUGUCACUUUACAACUACAACUUAUAGUUCUAUCUCCUCACAUUUCAUUGAGGAAUGUCGUGACCAUUUUUUAAAUUAACUAUUUAUUUUAUUUUAAUUUAUUUAUUUGACAGAGACAAUGCUCAUUAAUAAUAAAAAAAACAAUUGUAAAUGAGCCAGAGUUAGCCUAGAUGGCUAAUUUUCUUUCUAUUAGACCUACCUGGCUUAAAGACAU